AUGGCUCCACGCGUUGGCGAAACUAUUCAGCCGGAUGAUCUAGCCAAAAGGGCACAUAGCCAGAUCUCAGAAAUACUGACGAACACCCCAAAGCGACUCUUUCUCAUGGGCGUCUUGGCCAGCGAUGAUGCUGGCUCUAAUCAGUACGCAAACUGGACUCGCAAAACCUGCCAAGAGAUCGGAGUGCAUUUCCACCUGAUGAAAUUGUCACCCAAGAAUGUGGCAACCUAUAUCCGGGCAAUCAACGCCAACAACAGUGUCCAUGGGAUCAUUGUGUACUAUCCGAUUUUCGGUGACCGGAGAGAUGACGAGAUCCGACAGCUUGUCGCGCCUAGCAAGGACGUAGAAGGACUCAAUCAUCAGACCUUGCACCGGAUCUCCGAUGCUGCAGAAGUGUCCAGACCACCAAAACCGGGACGAAACGUUAUCCCCUGCACGCCAAGAGCCGUUGCGUGGAUCCUGGAAUGGAUGGACGUGCAUGAUCGGACACGGCCCGCAGGGGAGCGAUUACAGAACCAAGAGAUCUGCAUCAUUAACCGGUCUGAAGUGGUGGGGUUGCCACUGGCGCAUUUACUCGCGGGGGAGGGCGCUCGCGUCUACAGCGUGGACAUAUCCGGUGUCCAGCUCUUCCAACGCUUGUACUAUCCUUGGCAGUCCGAAGCACUGCACGGAAAGGAUCUCCCCAACUGGAGUGUGCAGGACGCCGUGCAGCGGUCUCGAGUGGUCAUCUCGGCGGUUCCAGAUCCCGCAUUCAGGGUGAAUACGAAGUGGCUUCAGCGCGGCGCCAUCUGUGUCAACGUUUCUUCAGAAAAGGUACGUGUCUUGUAG